GAUGAAGAGUUAUACUUGCUCGAAUGUGGGCAGGUGGCGAGUUUGUGAAGUGCUCAGAGCGACACCUAUAUCACUAUAGGCACUAAAAAGUACCCAUACUAUCUCAACUACAUAAAGGCAACAACUUUCUGUCAGUAAGUUGAUCGUAUAUUGCUGAUUAGUAAACAAAAAGUUAAGCUUCUUCCUCACAUGGCCUUCUUGCUGCCAUUAAUUAUUAAUAAUGUAGUGAUGAUGCAUAUGACUAUGAAAAUGGGUGUGGUUUGUAAUAUUCCCAUCCCCAUCAGGUGAUUGUUGAGUGCUUGAGCCCUUAUUUACUUGAAUUACUUCAUUAUCCUUUACUUUUGAACUGAGCUACUGUAUCAGUUAUAUUUUCUAAUUUCUACUUUCAGUUCAGUCACUUUCUGAGCUAUCACUGAUAACUUCAACAUUUCUGUUAUUUACUGUCAGGAAGAGUUCACUUUUUGCCGCAUUUCACUUACUGUCAUUGUAAGCCAGUGACCUCCAUCAAUAGGAAUCAUCAUCACCAUGCUGUCCAUUGAAGCUUGGAGAGCUGCUAUUGGCUGCUUCAGGAGUAACAGGUUUGGUACAUGUACUUCUUUCAAAUGCAGUCAAAAGCAUGAUUCCUAUAGUAAUGAUACUUUUGCUGUCUUAAUUAUUUUCCUGUUAAUGUUCCCAUUGAUUUGUGUUUUGUCUUUCCUUGGGCUUGUGGUUACAUUGUCUAAAGUAUGCGUUCAUUGUAAAUUUGCCCUGCCUGUUUGUCAUAAUUUGAGCUUUUUAGUAUGUGUGUCUUCUAUUUUGUUGAUGUUUCACUUUGAUCUCAUUCUCCUUUCUGGAGACAUUGAGGUUAACCCUGGACCUACAACAACAAGAGCCUGCCCUAAAUGCUUUGUUUUAGUUCACAUUAGAAAGUUAGCUUGUAAUUGUGGCCAUAUAUUUCGUAAGUCAAAAGUUGCAUGUGUGUCUACUGCAUCCUGUAUUAAUAAAAAAAGUUGUGGGCCUAGUCUAUUAGAUAUGCAAGAACAGCAAGGUAUUGAAAAAAGACAACAACAUAAACAUAGAAUUGCCACUAAAAGAGCCUUGGAAACCCCAGAGGAACGAGAAGAGUAUCGUAAAUCUGAUAGAUUAGCAAAAACCUUGAAAAAAAUUUCAGAAACAGAAGAGCAGGCAUUAACUAGAAAAAUGUCUAAUUUAGCUUCACAAAAGAAACGACUAGCUCUUCAAACAGAAGAGCAGGCAUUAACUAGAAAAAUGUCUAAUUUAGCUUCACAAAGGAAACGACUAGCUCUUCAAACAGAAGAGCAAGUAUUACAGAGAAAAAAGAAUAAUUUAGCUAGUCAAAAUAAAAAAAGGGCUAACGAAAGUGAAGAAGCUUUGUUAGAGAGAAAGAAAAGAGAUGCAGAGUCAGCCUCUAAACGUCGUAAGUUGCAGACUAAUAAAGAAACUUCACUACGUAAGCAAAAGGAUCGGGCUUGUAAAACAAGGCAUAGAUUAUUUGAGACUGACUAUGAAAAAGAAAUUAGACGUCACAAAGAUAAAGAGCGGCAGGAACAAAGACGAUUACUUCAACUGUAGA